AUGUUCUUCAAGCCGUUAGAUCUCACCACUGCACUUCGACCCUCUCUGUUACCGGAUGAGACCCUUCUUUUCGUUCAGGAUGCGGUGGGGUUGUAUGAAGGAAAAUACAAGAUCCCCGAGUACCAAAAUGGCCAUGCGUACCUCACGUCCCAUCGGAUCUGUUAUGUUGCGUUGGAGGAGCCACGAAAGCACGCGGUUGGCAUCGACUUGAAAGAUGUCGACCGGGUGGAGAGCCAGCAGGCUGGGUUUCUCAAGUCAUCUCCGAAGAUUACUAUCUAUGCGAAACCACCCAAGAAUCGAAUUGACAGGUCGAGAAGCGCCACCUCGAGUCCCUCGCGCUCACAACUGACGAACGGCCCCUCCCAGCCUCCGGGUCCCCAGCCGCUUGCUCCCAAGCCCGUGAAUGCGACCUGGAUCUGCCCGAUCUGCUCGUUUUCCAAUCCGGUUCCUUCGAAUUUCGAUCCUACAACGGCUACAGCGGCGGCGAAUUUGCCCCCUUGUUUAGCCUGCGGGAUCAAGCCUCCCUUCACAACUGUCUUGAAGGCCGCGAUCAGUGCCACGGCCAACCGAGAGGCCUCGUCGACGAACCCGGGUAUAGCAAAGCCAAACGGGGAUUCUUCGAUCGUGGGGAAUGGCCAACAGGGGCUGUCGCCUUUCUCGAGCAACGCUCAGAUUGCAUGUCCUCGCUGCACGUUUGUAAACCACCCUUCUCUCCAUGAAUGUGAGAUAUGCGGGGCUCCAUUGGCCCCUGGGAAUUCUGCGAGUGCGCGUGACGGUUCCAAGAGCCGGUCCGAAUCUCCCGCGCCGUUUUUCGACCAAAGCAGUAUCAAGAACACUGAGAUCAAAGAUUGCAUCAAACUUUCUUUUCGCGAAGGCGGGGACAAAACAUUUCAUGAAAGGCUAAAGGGUGCUCUGAUUCAGAGGAAAUGGCUGUUGCACAAUGCACCACCUGUCCCUCCACCAUCACAACCUAGCUUAUCUCAGGGACUGUCUGACGCCACGCCUGUGUUGAAUGAAUCGGUACCUACACGAUCCACUGGAGUCGGCAUUGCUGGCCUUGAGCGGCGUGGCCUCGAGGCGCGGCGGAACAAUGAAGUUGUCAUUGGAAACGCGUUUGAGGACUUGGAGGCCCUGAUGGCAUCAGCAAAACAGAUCGUUUCCCUCGCCGAAACCCUGGCCCGAGAAUCUGGGAUGACGACGCCAGAGAACUCCACGGAGACGGGUGCGGUACUUUCGGAAUCCGCCGCCGCCUUGGGCAUGACUACCACCAAGGACAUGCUCAGCUCUGGCGCGGAGUCUCUCUAUCUCUCUGAAUUAUCUCGAGACUUGGCCGAGUACCUGACCGACGACCGCAAGGGGGUUCUGCACAGAGAAGGCGGUAUCAUGAGCCUUAUUGAUCUGUGGGCAGUCUUCAACCGAUCACGCAAUGGGGUAGAACUUGUGAGUCCCUCAGACUUUCAGAAGGCCGCAGAACUGUGGGAGAAAUUAAAAUUACCUGUCCGUCUCCGCAAAUUCAAGAGUGGGUUGUUAGUUGUUCAGCGAUUUGAUUGGGGCGACGAGAAGACUCUUCGACAGAUCCAGGACUGGAUGGAAGAACUACGUCGCACCCCUCCCAUCGAGGCUGUUCCGUGGGACUGGCGCUUGUUCGGUCGGGCGGUGACGGCCCAAGAAGCUGCACAGCGAUUCAAAUGGAGCGUCGGGGUAGCUGCUGAGGAGCUCGAAAUGGCCGAGGAUCGCGGUAUCCUCUGCCGAGAAGAGGGCAUCGAAGGGCAAAGAUUCUGGAGCAAUCAUAUCUCCACCCGAGACACACGGAACGGCAUCCUUGACAGCCUCGCAGUAUCAAAUCUUGCUAUCUAG